UUAACUGUAUUCACCGAGUGCGGUGCAGUUCCCUGCUCUCCCGAAAAAACCCAAAAAUUUUCUCUCUAAAAGCUCCAUAUCGCUUUCCGUAUCCCAAUUUAUCCCCAAUUUAUCAUUACACCCAGCUGAAAACCUUAUUCUAGCCCUAGAAUCAACAAUCUCCCUGAAAUUCGAGUGAUGGCCCAGAUUCAGGUGCAGCACCAGAAUGUGGCGGCGGCGGCUGCCCCAAUUGGAGUGGCGGCGGUGGCUGCGCCGGCGCCCGGUGGAGCGGCGGGAGGACAGUUUCAGACGACCUCUCUGUAUGUCGGUGACUUGGAUUUCAACGUAACGGACUCGCAGCUCUACGAUCUGUUCAAUUCGGUCGGGCAGGUUGUCUCGGUUAGGGUUUGUCGCGAGCUUGGCACUCAGCGCAGCCUUGGCUAUGGCUAUGUCAACUAUGCCAACCCCCAGGAUGCUGCAAGAGCUUUGGAAUUGUUGAACUUCACUCCUCUCAAUAGCAAGUCGAUCCGAGUGAUGUAUUCUCACCGCGAUCCAAGUGUUAGAAAAAGUGGAAUGGCAAAUAUCUUUAUCAAGAAUCUGGACAAAACAAUUGACAACAAAGCUUUGCAUGACACGUUCUCUAGCUUUGGCAACAUCCUUUCCUGCAAGAUUGCGACAGACCCCCAUGGUCAGUCUAAGGGUUAUGGAUUUGUUCAAUUUGAUACUGAAGAAGCUGCACAAAGUGCUAUAGAUAAGUUAAAUGGUAUGCUUAUUAAUGAUAAGCAAGUCUAUGUCGGGCAUUUCCUUCGUAAGCAAGAAAGGGAUACUACACAGGCCAAUGCUAAGUUCAACAAUGUGUUUGUGAAAAAUUUAGCUGAUACCAUUACAGAUGAUGAUUUGAAAACAACUUUUGGUGAAUAUGGAGUAAUCACUAGUGCUGUAGUGAUGAGGGAUGCUGAUGGGAAGUCGAAAUGUUUUGGAUUUGUAAAUUUUGAGCAUGCCGAUGAUGCUGCUAAAGCUGUUGAAGCUCUAAACGGAAAGAAAUUUGAUGACAAGGAAUGGUAUGUUGGCAAAGCACAGAAGAAGUCGGAGAGAGAGAAUGAACUUAAAAGUCGGUUUGAGCAGACUACCAGGGAAACUGUUGACAAAUUUCCAGGAGUUAAUCUAUAUGUUAAAAACCUAGAUGAUAGCAUUGAUGAUGACAGGCUGAGAGAACUGUUUUCAGGUUUUGGUACCAUCACCUCUUGUAAGGUUAUGCGUGAUCCUAGUGGAAUAAGCAGAGGAUCUGGGUUUGUUGCCUUUUCAUCUCCUGAAGAAGCUUCCCGAGCUCUUACUGAAAUGAAUGGGAAAAUGUUAAUUAGCAAGCCUCUUUAUGUUGCAUUGGCACAACGCAAGGAAGAGAGGAGAGCCAAGUUACAGGCCCAAUUUUUGCAAAUGAGGCCUGUAGGAAUGCCACCUUCUAUGGCUCCACGUAUGCCCAUGUAUCCCCCUGGUGCACCUGGUAUCGGGCAGCAGCUAUUUUAUGGACAAGCCCCUGCUAUCAUUCCUCCUCAGGCUGGCUUUGGUUAUCAGCAGCAGCUUGUUCCUGGAAUGCGCCCUGGGGCUGCUCCCAUGCCAAACUUCUUUAUGCCACUAGUCCAACAGGGUCAGCAGGGCCAACGACCUGGUGGCAGAAGAGGAGGUCCAGGGCAACAAAAUCAGCAGCCUGUGCCGAUGAUGCAACAGCAGAUGAUGCCAAGGGGGAGGAUGUAUAGGUAUCCUCCUGGUCGUAAUGUGCCAGAUGGGCCCAUUCCCGGUGGAAUGCUUUCUGUGCCAUACGACCUGGGUGGCAUGCUUCCUCGCGAUUCUGCUGGUCCACAGCCUAUGCCGGUUACUGCUUUGGCUUCUGCCCUUGCCAAUGCAACACCUGAACAACAGAGGACGAUGCUGGGUGAGAACUUGUACCCGCUCGUUGAUCAGCUUGAGCACGAGCAUGCUGCGAAGGUUACAGGAAUGCUUCUGGAGAUGGAUCAGACCGAGGUUCUUCAUUUGCUCGAGUCGCCUGAUGCUUUGAAAUCAAAGGUUUCUGAGGCAAUGGAUGUCCUGAGGAACGUUCAGCAGUCUGGUAGCCCUGCCGACCAACUUGCUUCGCUGUCGCUGAACGACAACCUUGUUUCUUGAAAGUGAUGUGGACAUGGGUCAUCUUGUCCUGCCUAUCUGGAACAACUUUUUGGUAGUGAGGGUUUUAAAUUUGGAGACAAUUUAGGAUUUUGCGUUUGGGAUACUUUCUGUUGGUUUGCAAUUACUCUUCUGGAUUAACCUAAAGUUUUGGUUUUUGGAAUUUAAUUGCUUAUAUCUCUACAGUAGAAUGUUAUUGCAA